AUGAGGUUGGAUGAUGCAUGGGUCGUCCUCAUCAUCGAUCGCAGCUCUGCCAUAAGUAUCGUCAGCUGUUUCAGCGAGGAAGUCGAUCAGGUCAUCCUCGCUGGCUUCAGCCUCGUUGGCUUCAUCCAGUCGCUCUUCAUUCGAACGCGUCGCGCCAGUAAUUUUGACAAUGCGAACGUACUUCUUUCGAUAACCAAGGAAGCGUCCCAGCGCCUCGGUGUCAUUGCGCAGCUGUUCCGCGCUACUCGCUCUGAUUACCAACAGAGAGAACCGCUCCCGCGUCGCGGCGGCACAGCAUUCUUUACUGGUGAGCGCGAAUGCGUGAAGGCUUUGUCGUUUUGCGUCACACUGCACGAGGUACUCGCAGAUAGUCUCAAGAACGAGCAUAGGAAGGCUUUCCAUAUCCACCGGAAGACGCGCCUGAUGGCUGCAAAUCGCGUGCGCAAGAUCGGAUUAACGGCGUAUGAUGAAAGUAUGUUACUGCGAGCUAGGGUCUUCACGAAGACGACCUGA